AUGAAAAAUUCUAAGUUGCAAAUGCUAGCCUCAAGGUUUGAAGAAAUCGAGAUGAAAGACGAUGAAUCUUUUGAUGAGUUCUAUGCCAAAUUGAAUGACAUUGUUAACUUUAGCUUCAACCUAGGUGAGAGGAUUCCCGAGUCCAAAAUUGUGAGGAAAGUUCUUAGAUCCUUAUCUGAGAGAUUUAGACCUGAAGUUACAGCUAUUGAAGAAAGCAAGAAUCUGGAUACAAUUAAGAUAGAAGAACUCGAAGGAUCCCUUCAAACCUAUGAACUCACCAUUUCACAACUAAGGAAAAACAAGUCCAUAGCCUUGAACACUGUUAAGGAAGGAGAGUCUGAGUCAUCUGACGUGGAAACUCUUAGAGAUGAAGAGAUUGCCUACUUUGUGAAAAAAUUUCAGGAAGUCUUAAAGGGCAAAAAAUGGCCUCAAGAGGAAAGGAGGGGAGCCCCUAGUAAAUUGCAAAGAGAAAAGGAUGAUAAAUCAACUGCUAGGAACCCUGGUAAGAAAUCUCAAGUGGUUAGGUGUUAUGAGUGUCAGGGAUUUAGGCACUAUAGAAAUGAAUGUCCUAGUUUUAAGAAAAAUCUAAAGAAGGGGAGUAACAAGGCAUUAGCUCUGUCUUUGACUAAUGAUGAUUCUAAUUUCAGUGAACAAAGUGAUUCCUUAAGCAGUGAGGAAAAAAAGGGCUAUAUGACUUUUGUAUCUACUGUCAAAAGUGAGUCAGACAAGGAGAGUGAAAAGGUUGAAGAGGAAGUGGAGAGUAACAAGUUCGGUGAUGAUUCAGAGGAUGAGACGGAUAUACAUGAGGCUUAUCAACUUUUGUUUAAGGAAAGUCUCAAGAUCAAAAAGGUAAAUAAAACUUUAUUUAAGAAGGUAGACGAGCUUGAGAGAGAGAAGGAGAAAAUCACCUAUGAUCUACAAGUCUCAUCUAAGAAUCUCAAGAAAUCCAGCACUCAACUACAGUCAUUUGUGAGUGGAACUAAGAAACUAGACGAUCUGUUAGGCAUGAACAAACCAGCUGGAAAUAGGCAAGGUCUGGGAUUUGUGAAGAGUGAUAGCAAUGUGUCCAGUUUAUCCAAGACCACAUUUGUCCCUGCUUCCAACAGAUCUAAUGUUUCAACAAAUCCAGAAUCCAAAGACAAAAAUUUCACUGGACUGAAGGCCACUAGAGCUCAUAAGAUGUCUACACCUAAUUUUCAUGAUCAACACUCACGUGCAUCUGAACCUAGGUUCAUACCCACUUGCAUCACUGUGGUUAGCCACUUAACUGAGAUGGUAACGAGGUUGACUAGGAUCACCUCAAACUCGAGAAAAGUUAGGGUAAAGAAAUCUGAUGUGGGUGAGUAUACUAAGAAUCUAAAAUGUUUUGUUGCUCAUGUUGCAUAUAAGGCUCAAAAUACAUGCAUGUGGUAUCUUGAUAGUGCUUGUUCUAGACACAUGUGUGGAAACAACGCCUUAUUCUCUACUUUUGAUGACUGCAAUGGCGGUGUAGUUACUUUUGGGGACGGAGCUACUGCACCCAUCCGAGGUAAAGGCUCCAUCACCAUUGUUGGACUUCCUACAAUAUCCAAUAGAUGCACUAAUUAUGACGCUUUUAGUGGUGUUGUUCUUAAAAGUGUUAGAACAUCUGAUAACUAUUAUGGAUUCUUCCAAACUCGAACUAUGCUUGGUCAUGUUUACUACAGAAGUCUGUCUAAAUUGGUCAAAAAGAAGAUUGUCGAUGGUUUACCUAAGAUUGAUCAAAGUGAGAAUGCUGUGUGCAAGCCGUGUCAACAAGGAAAGCGACUCAGGAUGAACCAUAAGUGA